AUGUCCGCUGAGGUAUCCGGAGAUGUUUGGGCCACGCCUCCUCGUAGCAAUCGGAGGUGGCCCCACCUCACCAGAGCCCGCGCUGGAGGUUUGCGCGCCUGUGAACGCUGUGCCCCUGAGUUUCCCACAAGCCCGCGCAAAACCAAGAACCCCGAGCUCCUUGCAGUCAGCGGUGGGCUGCCUGGAGCAAAGCCCCUGUAUCACGCGGAGACCACAGCAGUGGAGGCUCUCUCCACGUGUGGUCCAUACCAGGGCUGCCACUCUGAAAGGCAGCCGCUGUUCUGUCCACGUCUGUCCCGCAUUGGAAACGCUGGAGCGCCUCCUGGCUCCGGACACGCGGCCGCAGCGUGCACGAGCGCUCGAGUGCUCCAGUUUAAAGGGCACGUCCCGUGGCACAUGGACCUUCGUUAA